UUAGCCUGAAAAAUAUUACAAGAUAGACAAAAAAAUAGUUGCACUAAUGUAUCUAUCGCAAAAUUCGCUGUAUCCUUCUAAAUCAUAUGUCCAGGCCCAGAUGACGAACCAGCCGUCGCCCGUGGAAGAGCAGGAGAAGCUUCUAGAUGAUGCGCUUAACAUUGUAAAAGUCCAGGCAUUUCAGAUGAAGAGAUGCUUGGACAAAUCCAAACUGAUGGAUGCUCUAAAACAUGCUUCAACUAUGCUUGGAGAACUACGGACCUCAUUGUUGUCACCAAAGAGUUAUUAUGAGCUUUACAUGGCAAUAACAGAUGAGCUACGACACCUAGAACUAUACCUAUUGGAGGAGUUCCAGAAAGGCCGCAAAGUGGCUGAUUUGUAUGAACUAGUGCAGUAUGCUGGAAAUAUUGUGCCGAGACUGUACCUGCUUAUCACAGUCGGAUUGGUUUAUAUCAAGACUAAUUCUCUCUUAAGGAGGGAUUUGUUGAAGGAUUUAGUAGAAAUGUGCAGAGGAGUACAGCAUCCGUUACGAGGACUGUUUCUGAGGAACUACCUGUUGCAGUGCACAAGAAACGUGUUACCGGACACUACUGAAGCCCAGAAUGAAAAUGAAGGCAAUGUACGCGAUGCGAUCGAUUUUGUGCUGAUGAACUUUGCGGAAAUGAAUAAACUGUGGGUCAGAAUGCAGCAUCAAGGUCACACAAGGGACAAGGAGCGUCGCGAUCGCGAGAGAUCCGAACUUCGGAUCCUAGUUGGCACUAACUUAGUGCGUCUGUCGCAACUAGAGUCUGUGGGCGAGCAGGACUACAGACGUCUUGUGCUGCCCGGGAUACUGGAACAAGUUGUCAGUUGUAGGGAUGCCAUAGCCCAGGAGUACCUUAUGGAGUGUAUUAUCCAGGUAUUCCCCGACGAGUUUCACCUGGCGAAUCUGCAACCGUUCUUGAAGUCUUGUGCUGAGUUGCAGCCGGGUGUGAACAUCAAGAAUAUCAUCAUAGCUUUGAUAGAAAGGCUUGCGGCGUACAGUCAGAGAAAUGAAGGUAACGUGAAUCUGAGCGUGGUCCUGGAAGACGGUAAAGAGCAAGAAGUCCAGUUGUUUGAGGUGUUCUCCGACCAGGUCGCUGCUAUCACCCAGAGUCGCACAGAUAUGCCACCGGAAGACAUGUUGGCACUACAGUUGGCUCUACUGAAGCUUGCCCAACGCUGCCACCCUGAUAAACUUACCUAUGUGGACAGAGUAUUGGCACACACUGACAGGAUCUGUGCUGAUAUACACCAGAGCAGCGGUAAACCACACUUAGAACACAACACACCGGUGUUCAAGGAACUUAUGAAGAUUCUCAAACUACCCGCCGAUCAUUACAAGAACAUCCUCACACUGAUCAAACUGCAGAACUACGCCCCGCUGAUCAACCGGCUCAACCAACCCGGUCGGUUGUUGAUCGCUGUGCAUUUAGUUAAUGACAUUUUGGAGAGUGAUACUACGGUUUCUACACCGGAGGAUGUGGAAGCCGUGUUAUGUAUGUUGGAUGUACUGGUACGUGAGCAAGCCGAUGACCCCUUCUCGGAACCCGACGCUGAAGACUUUAUGGAAGAACAAGGACUGCUCGCAAGACUAAUCCAUCACUUCAAGUCGGAUUCAGCAGACGACCAGUACCUCAUACUGAGCGCCGCAAGGAAAGCUCUCCAAGGGGGUGGGGCUAAACGCAUACAGCACACGUUCCCGCCGAUCAUAUUCCACGCGUACAGGCUCGCUUUUACAUACAAAGAGCGUAAAGACGAGUACGAGAUGUGGGAAAAGAAGUGCCAGAAGAUCUUCCAGUUCUGUCACCAGACCAUCACCUUGUUGGUGAAAGCUGAACUAGCGGAAUUGCCUUUAAGAUUAUACCUCCAAGGAGCGCUUGCGAUAAGCGACAUAGGUUUCGCGAACCACGAGACGAUCGCUUACGAAUACCUCUCGCAGGCGUUCUCUCUGUACGAGGACGAGAUAUCGGACAGCAAAGCGCAGUUGGCGGCAAUAACUCUCAUUAUUGCGACGUUCGAGCAAAUCAACUGUUUUGGUGCGGAAAAUGCGGACCCUAUGCGAACGCAAUGCGCGUUGGCGGCGAGCAAACUGCUGAAGAAACCUGACCAGAGCCGGGCGGUCGCGCUAUGUGCGCAUCUGUUCUGGAAGGGCGCUAAAGAUGGAAAACAGUGGCCACUGAACGAAGCAUCCAGAGCGCUAGACUGUUUGAAGAAGGCAGCUAGAGUGGCGCAACAGUGUAUGGACGGCGGAGUUCAAGCGCAACUUUUAGCUGAACUUCUAGGCAGAUAUGCACUUUUAAGGGAACGGGGAAACGCAAGCCUGACCACAAACCUUAUAGAAGCGAUAAUACAAAAGAUACGAGAAGAGCUCGGUAACCUUGACCAGUCUGAAGAAGUGGAACAGAUCAACAAACAUUUCCACAACACAUUACAACACAUCAAGAACAGGAUGGAGUGUCCGGACCCCGAGGGUUUGGGCUACGAGGGACUUGUACUGUCAUAAAGUUAUAAGUUAUAAGAGCAAUGGCAGAUGGGGGUUAUCCUUCUGGUAUUACCUAACCGGUGAUACCUUGCGUUCUAAAAGUUAAUUACUUGAGGAAUUUAACGAGGUUUUUUCCUACUAGGGGGGUACUAUUAACACGAGUAUACAACGUGUUACAAAAUUACAAAAUACUGUUAAAGGGUGCAUAAGGAUAUUUCAUAUUUCAUGAGGAAUCACCCUGUAAAAGUAUUAAAUCAAAC